UGUUGUUAAAAGUGAAAAAAAUCAGUGGCCAUUGCUCAAAUCUACACAACGUCGGUUGCAGCCAAUAUUAUAUUCACUACACAAAAUCGUAGACUCUGAAUCAAACCAAGUUGUUUCCAUGUUAUAAGUAUAAUCAUUUGAAUCUCUGAAGAAAAUCUCUUGGGAACCCGUGAUCAGUUGUGAAACCCAAAGCCAAGUUUUUAUGGCUGGUUCACCGGCAAUGUUGAAUCACGGGAACAAAGGAAAGAAUAGCCAAUGGACUGGCCCUGCUUGCUGGAGCUCAUUGUCACCACGUGGCCUAAGUUUGAAGCAAAAAAACAGUGGUCAAGAAGUUCGUUCAUUCACUCAUAUAAACUGUUUGAUAAAAUGCUUGAAAAAGCCCUACUGGGGAGAGGUGAAUGAAGGAAGACUCAGAGCCAGCCAUCUGAAAAAGGGUGAUGGGAUUUGAAGAUCGAAGCCUGCAUGGUGCGUUGUAAAAGAUAAGCUUCAUAUUCCAUUGUGUUUGGCCAUCUCAAGCUCUUCACGUAUUAUGGAUUUAUUGGCUUUCAUAUUCAUUCUUGGCUUUGUUACUUCGAAACUUGCUUGCUCAAAUGCUAAUCGAACUCCAAACAGUUUCAAUGUCUUAGAUUACGGAGCCAUAGGCAAUAACCAUACUGAUGAUUCCAACGCACUUCUGAAGGCAUGGAAUGCUGCAUGUAGCUCACCAGUAGGCACCCCUAAAGUGAUUGUUCCCAGGAAUUAUGCAUUUUUGGUGAAUCCAGUCCUCUUCCAUGGCCCCUGCAAGGCUAGAAACAUCGAUUUUGUGGUUUCUGGGAUAAUUCUAGCACCAAAUUCGCCUAAAGUAUGGAAUGGUUGUGAUGCAAGUCAGUGGCUAGCCUUUAGGGGCAUUACUGGCCUGAAUGUAUAUGGGGCGGGCACCAUUGAUGGAAGAGGAAAGGAUUGGUGGGAUCAAUCCUGCAGACAUCAUCCUGACCUGAAGGGAUGCAUCAAACUGGCACCCACUGCCCUGAAGUUUCUUUCAUGCAAUAAGAGCAGAGUCAGGGAUGUUCACUUCAUCAACAGCCCACAAACUCAUGUGCUCAUAAUGAGGUGCAAUGGUUUGCAUGUCAGCAAUGUGACAAUCCAGUCCCCUGGCUACAGCCCCAACACUGAUGGCAUUCACAUCCAGUCCUCUCACCACCUCACUAUCGAUGAUGCCAAAAUAGGAUCUGGUGAUGAUUGUGUUUCUAUUGGAGAUUACACUUCUGAUCUUCAGAUAACCAAUGUUGAAUGUGGACCCGGUCAUGGCAUAAGCAUUGGAAGCUUGGGUAAAGGGGGCAAUUUUGUGCGAGUAGAGAACAUUCAAGUGAGCAAUGCUUUCUUCAAGGGAACCACAAAUGGAGCGAGGAUUAAGACGUGGCAGGUUGGCAAAGGAUACGUCCGAAAGGUAUCAUUCCAGAAUCUUAAAUUCGACUCUGUGAAGAACCCACUGAUCAUCGAUCAAAAUUACUGCAAUGUCAGGGGGCAAUGUAAAGAACUGGAAACUGGAGUUCAAGUGAGCGAUGUGGUCUACAAGGGCUUAUUAGGAACAUCCAGCACUGCGGUUGCAAUCAAUGUCAACUGCAGCCCAGCCAUGCCAUGCACCGGGAUAUCCAUGGAGUCGAUAACUCUGACGGCUGCCGAUGCCGGGAAGCGAGUCGUCGCCAGUUGCGGCAAUGCUCGUGGCAUAGAAACCGCAGUUCUACCCAGGCCGUGUCUCCGGAGUUGAUCAUUGCAUGCUUCCAAGUUUCUGGGUGUUUUGGAGCCUUCUAGGACAAGUAAUGUUGUAUAGAUGCAAGUGUCAUAUUUGACCAAACGAGUAGUAGAAUGGAGAAUUUUGGAGGGCUCAGGGCUGGCUAGGACUACAUUGGUUUAUCUCUUCAGACAUUUGUUAUCAGAAUGGCGAAUUUGAGAUUAGGCAAACAAUCAGAAUUGAUUAGUUCUUAAAAAAAAAUUAGGAAUUACUUGAAACCAUGGUGUAUUGGUUUAAGAAUUGUAUUUACAUACAUUUCAAAUUCAUGGCAUUUCAAUCAUAAAAGAGCAACCUGAGCAU